AUGGCGGCGGCGGCCCGCGACAUCAAGAACAUCAGCCUGGAACUGGGCGGUAAAUCGGCGUUCAUUGUGUUCGACGAUGCCGAUGUUGAAGCCGCCGUGGAAUGGAUUCUGUUCGGGAUUUUCUGGAACCAGGGCCAGGUGUGCAGCGCCACUUCACGCUUGCUGGUGCAGGAAACCAUCGCCCCGCACCUGAUCGAACGGCUGGUGGAAGAAACCCGCAAGAUCACCAUCGGUUCGGGCAUGGAGCCGGGCGUAUUGCUGGGGCCGCUGGUCAGCCAGGGGCAGCAUGAAAAGGUCCUGGGGUUUAUCGACCAGGGCCUGGCCAGCGGCGCCCGCCUGCUGACCGGAGGCCGGCGCCCGGCGCACCUGGAGCGUGGGUAUUUCAUCGAGCCUGCAAUCUUUGACGAGCCGGCGCUCAACAGCAUCCUCUGGCGCGAAGAAGUGUUUGGGCCGGUGCUGUGCGUCAAGCGGUUCAAGACUGAAGAGCAGGCCCUGCAGAUGGCCAAUGCCAGCCGCUUCGGUUUGGCAGCCGCGGUGAUGAGUGCCGACCUGGCUCGCACGGCGCGGGUUGCCAAUCAACUGCGGGCGGGGAUCGUGUGGGGUCAACUGCUCGCAACCGACCUUCGUCGAGGCGCCGUGGGGCGGGAUGAAGCACAGCGGGAUCGGGCGCUGAGCUGGGGGGAAUGGGGCUGCACCAAUUACCUGGAGGCCGGGCAGG